GCAGUAAAACCCAGCCUCUUAGUUUCAGCACAAUGCAAAGAGCAUCGCGACUGAAGAGGGAGCUCUCCCUCUUGACCACAGAGCCACCUCCAGGCAUCACCUGCUGGCAAAAUGAACACGGGCUAGAUGACCUACGAGCACAAAUUUUAGGAGGUGCAGACACACCAUAUGAGAAAGGAAUAUUCAACCUGGAAAUAGUUGUUCCUGAAAGGUACCCGUUUGAGCCCCCGAAGAUUCGCUUUCUGACCCCCAUCUACCAUCCUAACAUUGACUCUGCUGGAAGGAUUUGCCUGGAUGUUCUUAAAUUACCACCAAAGGGUGCGUGGAGGCCUUCCUUGAACAUCUCCACGCUGCUGACCUCCAUCCAGCUGCUGAUGGCGGAGCCCAACCCUGACGACCCCCUCAUGGCAGACAUAUCCUCGGAGUACAAAUACAACAGGCUUUUUUUAAUAAACAAGCCAGCAGAAGAGGGUAAGGAACAGGCUCUGCUUCCUCAGCUGGGUGCUUCCAAGCCUUUGGAAGAGAAAAGAAACCAAAGGGAAACGAGUACCAGCGAUGAAUCCACCGCGCGGAAAAGGAAAGGGAGUAGCAUCAGCAAGGAGGAGAAGAAAUCUCGCCUGGAGUCCUAGGCGGUUCUUGUUCUGGUUGAAGCUGUCGCCUUUGCUUUCGCCGUCCUCUUCUCUUUACACAGGGGUACCGAAAUAUUUUAACCGGUAUGUAGCUGUAGCAGGCUUGGGUUUUCUAUUUCCGAA